AUGGCCGACCUGGUGUUUGUCAUGUUGGUGCGCUCGGCGCGCCGUACAAGCUGCGGGCCCCACCUCACCCCCAAAACUUGUCCGCACUACGUCUCCUUCCGCGACGCCCACAAACCCAUCACGCAAUCUCUACUCAAGACAGCAACACCAGGCCACUGCGCGCGUCUGAGGAGAAGCAUCAUGUCGCUGGUUUCUGGGCCUGGGAGAGGCGGCGCGGAGGGCGGACAGCUUCCGGACGAGCUCCAGCUCUACGUUGACAAGCACGUCAAAUACAUCCAAAGCCUCGACACACGCAAAGAUGAGCUUGAGUACUGGCUAACAGAACACCUCCGGCUUAACGGAAUGUACUGGGGCCUCACCGCGUUGCACCUGCUCGGGCACCCGGACGCACUGCCGCGCAGCGAUGUCCUCGACUUUGUGAUCUCCUGUCUGCACGAUGAUGGGGGCUUCGGCGCAGCGCCCGGGCACGACGCGCACAUGCUGUACACCGUCAGUGCUGUGCAAAUCAUCGCCACGCUGGAUGGCUUUGAAGAGCUUGAGCAGCGCGUCCCUGGCGGCAAGGAGAAGAUCGGUCGCUUCAUUGCCGGACUCCAGCGCGAUACCGGCACCUUUGCCGGGGACCGAUGGGGCGAGUGUGACACGCGCUUCCUCUACGGCGCCUUCAACGCCCUGUCGCUCCUCCACCUGAUGCACCUCGUCAAUGUCGACAAGGCGGUCGAGCACAUACAAGCAUGCGCGAACCUGGACGGCGGGUUUGGCACGUCGCCGGGGGCCGAGUCGCACUCGGGCCAGGUGUUUACCUGCGUCGGUGCCCUGGCAAUAGCCGGGCGUCUUGACCUGGUGGACCGGGACAGGCUCGGGGGAUGGCUGAGCGAGAGACAACGGCCAAACGGCGGCCUGAACGGUAGACCGGAGAAGCUUGAGGAUGUGUGCUACAGCUGGUGGGUCCUGAGUGCCAUGGCCAUGAUUGAUAGACUGCACUGGAUUGACGGCAGCAAACUUGCUUCCUUCAUCCUCAAAUGCCAGGACCCCGAGCUGGGCGGCAUCGCGGACCGACCCGGCGAUAUGGUCGACGUUUUCCACACCCACUUCGGCCUCGCGGGGCUGAGCCUCGUCGGGUUCCCCGGCCUGCAGGAAAUCGACCCUGUAUACUGCAUGCCCAAGAGCGUGACCGACGGCGUGCUCCGGAGGUAG